CUGACGUCAUCAGAUCCAAAUUUGAAUACAACAUGACACACGUGUCACGAGGCAAAGCCAUCAUAGUCAACAAUGUGAACUUUUCGCGGGAAUCUGGAAUGACGAAAAGGGCGGGAAGCGAGAAAGAUGCAGACGAACUCACGGAUGUUUUACGGAUGCUUGGAUUUAGUACUGAGCGAUACAAUGACGUCACGUGUCUUCAGCUGAUUCGGAUAUUUCAAAGUGUAUCCACUGAAGACCACAGCGACUACGACUGUUUUAUGUUUGCGAUUAUGACACACGGUACAGACGGUGCGGUGUACUGCACUGACGGUGUAAUAUCCCCAGAUGAGAUCAUGCAAGAGUUAAAAGGAGAUCGAUGUCCAACGUUGACUGGAAAACCCAAAAUCUUUUUCAUCCAGGCCUGUCGUGGCCAACUGUUUGAUGGUGGAGUGACAGUUGCAGUGGAGGAGACAGACGAUACAGACAGCGGCAUACCACGGCGUCCAUCUCUAGUGAUUCCCGCUGAGGCAGACUUUCUCGUGGCCUACUCUUCACCCCCAGGUUAUUAUUCCUGGAGGAACAUAUCAUCUGGUGCCUGGUUCAUCCAAGCUCUAAUCAGGAUCCUCAAAGAUGCUGGAACAUCGCUAGAAAUUAACCAACUCCUCACAAGGGUUAGUUACACAGUAGCUUACGAAUAUAUUUCAAGUUCGUCUGUACCAGACUUCAACCAGAAGAAACAAAUGCCAUUCUACACGUCCACUCUGACCAAAGAGCUGUUCUUCAGGCCGAAAAAUAAUCACGCCAUUCAAAGUUGAAACGUAGGUCUACAGGGGUCGAUAUCACAAACCUCUCCGCAACUUCGGAUUAGUCCUAGGCAAUGCUAAGAGAUAGGA